GGCAGAUAGACAGGGCUACCAAUUUAGCCAGCUGGAUAGCUUAGCUAUCUGUUGCCCCAGACGCUUCCAGCAGGGGCUAAGGGGAGAGGGGUGGUGCUGCUCCUGGCAGUUACACCACAGUAACGAACUGCUCAGCGUUCCUGCAUCCCGGAGACGCCGGUGGGCACGGCUGUAUUUCGCAGGGCGGCCAGGAUAGAGCGUCGUCAUCGGGGAGAAGGGCGAGCCAGAAUGUCCUGCUCCUCAGACAGUGAGGAUGACAGUUUCGUUGCCAUGGACACGGAGGAGGGCGGGGCAGGGCCGGGGCGAGUCGCCAUGGAACGCGAGGUGGCGGGGCGGGGCGGCGCAGCGAGGGAGAAAGUGAGCGAGCGGACGAUGGGAGAGCUGCCGGAGGAGGUGCUGGAGUACAUCCUGUCCUUCCUGUCCCCUUAUCAGGAGCACAAGACGGCUGCCCUUGUGUGUAAACAGUGGUACCGCCUCAUUAAAGGAGUCGCACAUCAGUGUUACCAUGGUUUCCUGAGGGCCAUUCAGGAGGGCAACAUUCAGUGGGAGAGCCGGACGUACCCGUACCCAGGCACCCCCAUCACACAGCGUUUCUCCCACAGCGCGUGUUACUAUGACUCAAACCAGUCCAUGUACGUGUUUGGGGGCUGCACCCAGAGCAGCUGCAAUGCUGCCUUCAAUGACCUUUGGAGGCUUGACCUCAACAGUAAGGAGUGGAUCCGACCCCUGGCUUCAGGAUCUUACCCCUCUCCAAAAGCGGGGGCAACCCUGGUGGUGUUCCGUGACCUGCUGGUUCUUUUUGGGGGCUGGACCCGGCCCAGCCCGUACCCCCUGCACCAGCCAGAGAGAUUCUUCGACGAGAUCCACACCUACUCGCCAUCCAAGAACUGGUGGAAUUGCAUAGUGACGACCCACGGUCCCCCACCCAUGGCCGGGCACUCUUCCUCUGUCAUUGGCACUAAGAUGGUCGUUUUCGGGGGCUCUCUUGGGGCGCGACAAAUGAGUAAUGAGGUUUGGGUCCUGGAUCUGGAGCAGUGGUCCUGGUCCAAACCAUCCAUCACUGGAACCUCCCCCCAUCCUCGAGGUGGCCAAUCACAGAUUGUGAUCGACGACAAGACAUUACUGAUUUUGGGCGGCUGUGGGGGCCCCAAUGCUCUGCUGAAGGACGCCUGGCUGUUGCACAUGGGCGCCCCCCCGUGGUCGUGGCAACAGCUGCGGGUGGAGAACGAGGAGCACGGCGCCCCGGAGCUGUGGUGUCACCCCGCCUGCAGGGUGGGCCAGUGUGUGGUGGUGUUCUCUCAGGCUCCCUCAGGCCGGGCCCCCCUGAGCCCCAGCCUGAACUCGCGCCCCUCCCCCAUCAGCGCCACGUCCCCGCCCCUGGCCCCAGACCCGCCCUUGGUGCGCUCGCAGUCCCCCGUGCGGAGCGUGGUCCUGGGCGCGCACGAUGAAGCCCCCUGCGUGAACGGCCGCUGGGGGACGCUGCGGCCGCGGGCGUCGGCCAGAGGGGGCGCCAGAGAGGGGAGCCCCUCCUCCUCGCAGCAGCAGUCGCCCUCCCGUGGCUCCGACAGCCCCCCUCUGCCCCCGCUACUCAACGGCUCCUCCCCCUCCCCCCGCACCAGCCCCGCCCAGGCCGCCUCCCCUCCGUCCCGACCGCACCUUUCCCACCCCCACCCCCCUGUCCCUCCCGACUACUGCUGGGACUCCCCGCCCGCCCCGACCGUUGCCCCUGCCUCCGUCCUGGAGCUGGUCAGCACCAAUGGCCUUCACACACCGCCUGGCUCCCCCCGCACCCCGCCUGGAGCCGUGUCCCCCGGGGCCCUCCGCCGAGGCCUGGAGGCCGUCAAAGCACUGUCUUCGGCGUCUGCCUCCUCCUCUUCCUCCUCCAUGUCUCAUUCCCAAGCAGGAGGGGGAGGAGCCGCAGGAGGAGGAGGAGGUGGAGUGUCCACCACCACUCCCUCUUCCUCCUCGUCCUCCAGCCCGCCCAAUCCCGGGCAGGCGGCCGGGGUUGACGGACACUCCAUUCCUCCAAUCGCGCGGCGGCUGGGUCACCACCCGCCCCAGAGCCUGAACGUCGGGAAGCCCCUCUAUCAGUCCCUGAACUGUAAGCCCAUGCAGAUGUAUGUCCUGGACGUGUCACAAGCCCGGGAGGGCGGAGUCGUCUCCUGGAAGCCUUUCAGCAGCGGGGGAGGGGUGACGGGGGGUGCCGGGUCCGUCGCCGUAGUGGGACCCCCCGAAACCAGCCUACACACUGUGGUCCAAGGAAGGGGAGAGCUCAUCAUUUUCGGGGGUCUGAUGGACAAGAAGCAGAACGUGAAGUACUACCCCAAAACUAACGCCUUGUAUUUUGUGCGCGCCAAGAGAUAAUGCAGAGAGGGGCAGAGGUAGUGAGGGAAACGCUGAUGUGGAUCUGUCCACCCGAACGCACAAGCGAGGGGGCUUCUUUAAAUAACGCUCUCUCGACUGAGAGCUGUAGCGAUGGCUGGUCUGUGCUUUCCCCAGAGGACAGUAAUAAGGGGAAGAACAGGACAGGACAACUGGAUACACACAUUUCUCAGUUUUUUAUCAACUUCCCCACCUCCAUCCUUUCUCCCGUGAAGUUCACUCAGAAAUUUGUUCAAUAAAAAUUGUCACAACUUAAAAGCAGUUAUCAAAAUGUCUGACCACAAUUAUGGCUAUUAUAGCAGCUACUAUACAGUAAGAGCUUUGACCUCCUGCCACCGUCUGAACAGGAGGGGAAAGGGCUUAAAAGAGAAGAGGGAGAGGCUAGAUGUUUUCACCCCAGUGCACUUCUCCCUCCUGGCCUUCGGGCACAGGAAGGCGGUGGAGAGGAGGUGUGGGUGUGCUCUGCUGAAGGGAAGACAGGUUGACUACUGUGCUUUUUAUAUAUCUAUAUAUAUAUUUUGUGUUAAUGGAGGAACACUUUCAAAGUGCAUUGUUUACAAUGGUGUGAGUGUGUAUGUGUGUGUGUGCAUGCGUGCGUGCAUAUGCAUGAGUGUGUGAGAGCGUGUCUGUGUGGGUGUGUGCGUGAGUGUGUGUGGGAGCAGUGCUGACUGUUGAAUAAUUUGAAUCUUGCCAAGGGAGGGUUUGGGGUAAUUGGGGUUAUAACGGAGGACUGUAAAGAAAGUAAUAACUCUGGUGAGAGAAUGGAAGCAGACAGAGAGGGUGUUGUGUAAUUAUAUGCAUCUGGGUGAAUGAAUCUCUACAAAAAUAAAAUUGAGAAUUUGAGCUGGAA